AUGCUCCUAGGUCAUGACUUUCUCGUACAAAACGAAGUCACCUGGGACUACACAACGAGCACUAUUCAUUUAGGUUCGAAUAGGAGAACAACAGCGUGCUGGAAAGGUCGGAUACCCACCCCCAGCCCAGCACUAGAUGUCGACAAAUUAACAAUAAACGGUGACCACCACACACGCGCGAAACUCGCCGAAGUAGUACGUAACUAUCCGGACGUAUUCAACGGUAGGGUAGGCCGCACCAGGUUAAUAGAACACGACAUCCUCCUCAAAAAUCACACACCCAUAGCCCUCAAACCAUAUCCCUAUCCACCGGUAAAACAGGCCAUAAUCGAUACCAUGAUACGGGACAUGGAGGAGCAGGGACUGGUAGAACAAAGCACAUCCCCGUGGGCCACACCCAUCGUCUUAGCAAAAAAGAAAGACGGCUCACCCCGACUGUGCAUUGAUUAUAAGUAG